CGCCCGGAGCCAAUCGCAAGUAAAGCGGGAAGGUUCGUCAGCAGCUUGAAACAUGGCGGAGAAGGACGAAGACAACGUCGAGUUUAAAAAGGAGACGGUGAGCAAACUCUUCUCCAGCUUCUUCAAGGAUGAUAAAACCAGAAUUAACGGUGAUGCUGCCUUGCUCGUCGCGGCUUUGCUGAAAGUGUUUGUGCAAGAGGCUGCGAUGAGAUCGAUCAAACAGGCAGAUUCUGAGGACUUUGAGGAAGUAAACAUCGAGCACUUUGAAAAGAUUUUACCUCAGCUGUUGCUGGAUUUCUAGCACAGGUUGUGCCACAGGAUGGAGCCAGAGUGCUGCGUGCGAGGAGUUCCUUCAGCUCCGCGACAAACUUAGGUUUUUCUGAUGUCUGGUUUUCUUUUGCUGUGCGCUUGUGUUGGCACAUUUUAACUUGAGCGUGGCUUUAUAAAGGUUUGCAGAUCACGACAUUUAUUUGAGAUGUUUUAAUUCGAAGCAGAAAGCAGCAGCCUUGUCCUCUGCUCCGCGCCACUGCCAAUAAGGCCCACCUGUGCUCCUCUGUGCAACAACAGGUGCUUCCAGCAUGCUCUCCGGUGCCCUUCAUCAAAGCCUCCUGGAGCAGUUGGAAGCAAUUAGAGUAAUAAGGGAAGCAGCCGGUCCCUUAGAUGAUGACAAGUGCCAGGAAAAAAAAAAAAAGGAGUACCCCCUCCGGCCACUUUGAAGUUCCCUUUUGCUGUCCUGCAAUGUUUAGUUAGAGGCGGGGGGUGAGGUUUGGGGGGCAGCGGGGACCUCUGGCACAGGGGUAAGUUGAAUGGGAGAAGUGCGUGCGUGGGUGUGUGUGUGUGCAUGUGUUAGCCAAACACGGCCACAGAGACCACACGCAUAGAUAUUCUGUUUGAAAGGAAGCAUAACAAAACACAUUGGAGCGCGGCCCACGAAGAGCAGGGUGUAAUUCUGAAGGUAAAUAAACAAAAGGGGCAAGUAGCGUGGAGGUGCUUUCUUUCUCCCCUUUCAUCACGGCUGAGGGGGUGGGGGGGUUGGGACGGUGAGGGAGUGGGCAAUGUGGGGUUUUCUAGUCCGAGACCGCCGGUUUCUCCCACCGGCGUUGUAGCGGACCCGGUGGCCGCGUCUUCGCUCUGAGUCAGCAUAUCUGCGUGACGGGUUGAGUCACGCGGCAUAUCUGCGUGACGGGUGAGUCACCGCACUUAAAACUGCGGCCCGCACACAGCUGGGAGUGACUCGGGUAGAAUCUGGGCCGACCCUGCUCUUGUAGGUGCUCAAGGGCCCGCCAACUGGAAUAUGACCCAGAUUAAUCUAGACUAAGUCCGCCGCAGUCCCCUUAGCAACAUGUAGAGCAGACCAUCAAGAUGAGACCCUUCUGUCUUUAUGAUGCUUAUUUUCAAUCAAGAUAUUGGUAGCAUCAGACAGUGAGUACUGACAGUCUCUGGCAGGAAGGACUGGCCAGGUAUAAAGCCAGAUGUUCCUCAUGCAAAAAAACCCCCCAAAAACCUUAACAGUACAUAUGCACAAUAGUUUAUGAAGAUAUUCAUGUUGCAAAUCCCUGGUACAAAAUAAACUUCAUCCUUAAUAGAACUGAAAUGUACCUCUCUUGAUUGUCAAUCCCUUUUUUUUCUACCUAUAAUAAAAUACAAUUAUUC